CAUUCGUGCUUGUCUAGGAAAUAAAAACAGAAAUCAUUUUUAGCAGUAAAUUUUAGAGGCAAAAUGAAACCAUUUGUCGUAAUUCGAAGACUUGAGGGUCAAGACAACUUGCAGUGCCAAAAUGUCGUGAAGGAUUUCAUUAUGGCCGGUGCUUGGGAUGCUUUUGUAUCAUGUCUAUUCCGAGAGAUCACACUUCAGAUGGUUGUUAUUGUAUGGGCCAUAAUGUUUAUUUUCUUCGGAAUUCCACUCCUCAUGUGCUGUGUAGCGAUACCGGUGGUGGUUGGACUGAUUAUGUUUACUACGUACGGGAGUUACUUCAACAAAGCCAAUGAACUUGCCAUGAGAGGGGGUAGUAAGUUAUGCUGGGUUGCUGAAAUAUACGAGCCACUUGUUUACAAUGGCUUAACGAAGGGUUGGGAGAUAGAUCAGUUCUAUGAUGACGUUCCGGAAGGAGACAAAACGGAAACCAGCAAAAUGAGAAGGAAGAUUGUGGGAACCAUAAGCUGCAAGAGUCAUCUCAUAAUGGAGAGUUCCGGAUGGAUUUAUCGACUGGCGGUUUGUCCAAAGUACCCAUUCAGAGAGAUUGCUGAGCAUCUGAUUAUUAGGGUGCUGCAAAAUGCCUGCGAUAAUCAACUAUUUACGAUAGAAACGGUUACUUCCGAGUGUGAUGAAAGCAUCAGAGAAGUGUACCUAAAAUUGGGAUUUACUUUGAGACUAGUGUAUCACAAACAAAUAAUUGGAAACACGUUGAAAGUUAUGAAAUCGCAGCUUGGAAUUGACCCUAUUGAAUGGAAUCAAUACAGAGAACAAAUCAAAGUGGAACUUCAGUAAACACCCGUGAUAUCUGAUAUUAAUCAGGAGCUGUGCGAGUAAUUUAACAAUUGUUUUGUUACAAAUUCUUCAAUGUCUUCAUAAUUGGCAGCAAUAUUUUACAAUUUUAGUGGAUCAGUGUAACGCUGUAAUCUAAAUGUAUUUAAUCAAGACUCAGAUUCAGUAUCUCUCGCGUAUUUGAAGGGGGUUAAAUUACCAUUUACAAUUAACACACUCUCUCAUUCUAGCAACGUUCAUUUAGCAAACUCGAAACGAAAUUAUCGCAAACCCAUUAACUGUGCCAUUUUUGGUAGUAGUUGAAUAUCUCAAAUUUACUUUUACUAACAAUAUAUCUAACAAGUCUAUCUACAAUAUACAACAACAAAUAUGUAUUC